AGCAUGCUAACAUGCUAACCUCCUACCAAGCACUCUCUGACUUCAGAACAGAGCACAGAGGACCGGCUGCAUCCUUUGUUCAGCUCUACAAUGUUUGCCUUCGUUCUUUCACUAAUGAUCUGUGUGUCUUGGUUAACUCAGGCUCAAGUGUCCCUCACAGGUGAAAAAUUCCAACCAGCAAAGAUUUAUGGAGAGAAGACUUUUAAAGAGGGAGGAAAACUGCAAAUCAAAUGUAGCACGUUUGGUGCUGUGAACGAUAGUGAGGAAGUUUUUAAUUAUCUUUGCAAAAAUGGCAUUGGAAUAGAGAUGAAAAAAUCAAGGGAUCGGGAUGUUAUUUUUACUAUAGAUGGAAUAACAAAGGACUUUACAGGCAAUUACAGUUGUGUCUACUCAGAGAAGGAAUACGAUGUUAAAGAAGCAAGAGGACAAGACUUCGAAUCCAUCUUCAUUACGGUGAACGAUUCUUUCAUCCCUGCAAUUAUAACCUUGCCCGAGAUAAGCGUGAAGGAAGGAACUGAUGUGGAUUUCAAGUGUACCUCUUCGAAAUUACCUGACAAUGAUCAGAACAACAAUUAUGCCUAUCUGUGCAAGAAUGGAACUGUUAUUCAGGUGAACAUCUGGAAUACAGAGAAGAUGGAGGCAAUCUUUACCCUAAAAGAAGUCAGUAAGAGAGAUGCUGGAUCAUAUACCUGUGGUCUGAUGGCAGAUAUCCAGCCUAUACCGAAAACGAGAUUGCAUGGAAUUAAUAAAGCAAGCCUUCAUGUUACUGAAAACGUGAAUGACACAGUAAGAAUUGUGGUGGGCUGUUCUGUCGCGCUCCUGCUUGUUCUUUGUUGUCUGGGCCUUUAUGGAGUCAUUGAAAAGCAAGGAUGGUGCAGAUGCCACAGUGAAAGAUCGACUGAACAUGGGGCUGAAGCAAGAGGAGGAGAACAUAUUUUAUACACAGAUGUAACGCAAAACCAGCCCAGCAGAGCUGUAGAGUGGGAUGAUUUCUCUGACAACAGUGAGGACGAUCAUGGAUCAAAUGAGGAUUUAUAUCAGGUGUGUGAAGAUGUGUAGAAAACCCUGCCAGCAGUGAUAUCUAUCUUCAGAAGACUACAAAGCCCAAACAGAGACGUUAAUUUUUUCACAUUUUAUGACUACAUUUAUUUUUUUUUUCACACUGCUAAAAUGGCCUACAUGCACACUAGUGUAAACUCUUAGUCAAAGCGAAGGCUCCAAUUUAUUCCACAAUCUUUUGUAAAUCUUGCUUUAAAAUGGAAUAUGUUGGCUUGCAAACAAAUUAUAUGGGUAAAAACAUUAGCUCUUUGUUGAUAACCGUUCCUUUCAUUUAGCAGUUUUUAAUUCCACAUGUAACACAUCUGAUUGAGGUGAUCAAGCCUUCAGAAACAUUUGAAUGUAAGAAUUGAGUAGAUCUGAUCAGAACUGCAAUAAAGCUCUGCAGGAGAACCACCAGGAGCAUGGUUGGGGGUCCUGGUGAUAAGAUUAAACUACUACUGCACACAUUUAGUCGAACACUUUCAUUCUGUGUUAAUGAACAUAUUACUGGUCAUUAUCUCUUGAAAAACAAAAUGUUGAUUUUUUCAUGUUAAUGUUUACAAAGUUAGUGUAACUUUUAGAGUGUAGUGUAACCUGGUUCUUGAUGGUGAAAGACACCAAAAUUUACAGCUGUCAUUUUUCAGCAGCAAUGCUGAUAAAGUAUGUCUGAAAAAUAAAUACACAGUACUGUGCAAAAGUCAAA